AGCUACUGUAAACAGGUCACGCUGCUCUGGACUAGUGGAGACACUGAACACUAUGAGGUGAGAGUGAAGACCUUAACCUAGCCUUUCUGCUAGGGUUAUUCUGACCUGGUGGAGUUGAGCAUGGGAAAGAGUGAGUGAGAAGGAAGAUUUAGAGAAAGAGAUAGGUAUUGAAAAGGAGAAGAAGGGUAAAGAGAGGGAGAAGGUUGAAGAAAGAGAGAAAGAAGGAGAGAGAGAGCUCACCUGGAGGAGAGGUAAAGGAUUAGCUAAGAUCAUAUUGAAGAGGAACGUGACUGUGUGGAAGACUUCCUGGCACUGGAGAGACAUCUGGGAGAUGACAUAUCAGCUGGGAGCCCACAGUAAAUCAUAAUGGAGCCACAGAGAGACAAUUCCAUACCUAUCUCCUCACUGUAACAUAGCGAGACAGACACUAAACCAACAAAAUGGACAUUGAGGACCUCCAGAUCCAAAACUCAACAUUUGAUGGCAACACAUCCGACAUUCAGCCUGUCCCACACAACCUAUGGGAGGUCAUCACCAUAGCGACCAUAUCGGCCAUCGUCAGCCUUAUAACAGUCGUAGGCAAUGUUCUGGUGAUGCUGUCGUUCAAGGUCAACAGUCAACUAAAGACAGUCAACAACUACUACCUUCUCAGCUUAGCCUUCGCUGACCUCAUAAUAGGAGCCCUGUCCAUGAACUUAUACACCUCAUACAUCCUAAUGGGCUAUUGGUCCUUAGGGAACCUAGCCUGUGACCUCUGGUUAGCCCUGGAUUAUGUGGCCAGCAAUGCCUCCGUUAUGAACUUGUUAGUCAUCAGUUUCGACAGAUACUUCUCCAUCACAAGGCCGCUGACCUAUAGAGCCAAGAGGACGCCGAAGAGAGCGGCUAUUAUGAUUGGCUUAGCGUGGUUUGUGUCGUUUGUCCUCUGGGCACCGCCUAUCCUGUGCUGGCAGUAUUUUGCAGGAGAGAGGACGGUCCCGGCAGACCAGUGCCAGAUCCAGUUCUUCUCCGAGCCGGUGAUCACGUUCGGCACGGCCAUCGCAGCGUUCUACAUCCCUGUCUCCAUCAUGACCCUCCUUUACAUUAGGAUCUACAAGGAGACAGAGAAACGCACGAAGGACCUGGCUGAGCUGCAGGGCCUCACCACAUCUGGUCACCCAGAGACUGCUAAUAAACCACAGAAAACGGUUCUGUUACAGUCCUGUUUUGGCUCCAGUAACGACAGGAGGGACAGGAGGAACCAGGCCUCGUGGUCCUCGUCCAACCAGAGCAACGUCACCAAGACCACGACCCGGUCGGACGAGCUGGCCUGGGCCCAUGCUGACCAGAUCACCUCCUUUAACAGCUACACCUCGUCCGAGGAGGAGGAGACUCACCAUCCUGUUUCCGCGGCAACCUCUCAGGGGACAUUCAAAGGUCAAGUUCAAAGUCAGACAGAGAAAGGACAGACGGCCGCCGAUUACGGUGAUAACGAAGAAGGCAAGUAUUUCCAGACCGCCACUCCACCACUGAAAAAACCCAGCAAGAAGGGAAUCUCCUACAAGUUCAAAUUGGUCUCGAAGGAUACCAGCAGCCCUCCUCAGAAUGACAAAAUCACCAACAACACAGACCUCAAACCAGCUCCUCCAUGUCCCUCUGAGUCUGACCAGAUAGGUCAGAACCACCACCAGAACUCCUCUCCAUCAUCCUCCACCACCACCACCCCCCCCAAGCCCAUGGACCCCUCCCUGAAGAGCCAGAUCACCAAGAGGAAGAGGAUGGUCCUCAUCAAGGAGAAGAAGGCUGCCCAGACCCUCAGUGCCAUCCUCCUGGCCUUCAUCCUAACAUGGACGCCGUACAACAUCAUGGUGCUCAUCUCCACCUUCUGUUCUGACUGUAUCCCGGUGUCUCUCUGGCACCUGGGCUACUGGCUCUGCUAUGUCAACAGCACCAUUAACCCCAUGUGUUAUGCGUUGUGUAAUAAGACUUUUCAGAAGACCUUUAAGAUGCUGUUGAUGUGUCAGUGGAGGAAGAAGAGAGGGGAGGAUAAACUGUACUGGUGCGGACAGAACCCGGCCAUCAACAGCAAGAUGACAUGAUAUAGUGUGGAAUAGAGAAUAUAUACGUAUUUGGACAUUCAGCAGCAGCAGACCCUUUUAUCUAAAAUUACUUUUUGUACAGCAGAUAUGUUUAGCAAAUGUGGCCCAUAUGGUAUUAAACCCACAACAACAAAAAACUAAAUGUGCACUCGGGGCAGAACUGAGUUUGGGAAAACGUGAUGUACAUAUUGAAUAUACCACACAUUGCUGCUACUGUACAGAUAGCAAUAGAAGUGUGAUAGCUCAAAACACAGUAACUAGUGGUCAUAGAUCCAUCUGUGAGGAUGAGUAACGCUGUAUACAGUUCCACUAUCAUGUCCCUCUUCAUGUCAAAUGUUUCCUAUAUAAGCUAAUGUGCCUUUGUUCGUCCGGAGGUCUGGUGAUGAAGACUUGUAUUGUGAAUGGAUCGGUGUUGACCUUGCUCCUGUAUUGUGAAAGGAUCGGUGUUGACCUUGCUCCUGUAUUGUGAAUGGAUCGGUGUUGACCUUGCUCCUGUAUUGUGAAUGGAUCGGUGUUGACGUUGCUCCUGUAUUGUGAAUGGAUCGGUGUUGACCUUGCUACUGUAUUGUGAAUGGAUCGGUGUUGACCUUGCUCCUGUAUUGCGAAAGGAUCGGUGUUGACCUUGCUACUGUAUUGUGUGAUAGUAUGCUGCUUGUGUACCUUUGAUCUGAUCAGUGAAAUAAUCCCAAUUGAAAAGUAUCAUUAGAGAUCCUCUGAAUGCUCUUUUGUUAACACAACCUUUAUGUAUAACUGCUUGGGGGAUGGGCACCAGACCACCCACCUAGGGGACAGUGAUCCGAGGUGACCAGGGACACCCACCUAGGGGACAGUGAUCCGAGGUGACCAGGGACACCCACCUAGGGGACAGUGAUCCGAGGUGACCAGGGACACCCACCUAGGGGACAGUGAUCCGAGGUGACCAGGGACACCCACCUAGGGGACAGUGAUCCGAGGUGACUAGGGACACCCACCUAGGGGACAGUGAUCCGAGGUGACUAGGGACACCCACCUAGGGGACAGUGAUCCGAGGUGACUAGGGACACCCACCUAGGGGACAGUGAUCCGAGGUGACUAGGGACACCCACCUAGGGGACAGUGAUCCGAGGUGACCAGGACACCCACCUAGGGGACAGUGAUCCGAGGUGACCAGGGACACCCACCUAGGGGACAGUGAUCUAAGGGACUCAUAUGGCUCAUGGGUCUCUGGGCUACAGUCUCUAACCCAUCACGACUGUUCGGUUUCUGGAUCACAUCAACAUGAUCUCUCCUGUGAAUGACAUAAUUCAUUUCAAACACUGGCUAUGUGCCAGGAGUGUUACAGAGAACAAAGAGACAACCACCUAGAGGACAGCAAUCUGACAGUGACACCCACCUAGAGGACAGCAAUCUGACAGUGACUAGGGACACGCACCUAGGGGACAGCAAUCUGACAGUGACUAGAGACACCCACCUAGGGGAUAGCCAUCUGCCAGUGACACGCACCUAGAGGACAGCAAUCUGACAGUGACUAGAGACACCCACCUAGGGGAUAGCAAUCUGACAGUGACUAGGGACACCCACCUAGGGGACAGCAAUCUGACAGUGACUAGGGACACCCACCUGACAGUGACUAGGGACACCCACCUAGAGGACAGCAAUCUGAUAGUGACUAGGGACACCCACCUAGGGGACAGCAAUCUGACGGUGACUAGGGACACCCACCUAGGGGACAGCAAUCUGACAGUGACUAGGGACACCCACCUAGAGGACAGCAAUCUGACAGUGACUAGGGACACCCACCUAGAGGACAGCAAUCUGACAGUGACUAGGGACACCCACCUAGAGGACAGCAAUCUGACAGUGACUAGGGACACCCACCUAGAGGACAGCAAUCUGACAGUGACUAGGGACACCCACCUAGAGGACAGCAAUCUGACAGUGACUAGGGACACCCACCUAGAGGACAGCCAUCUGACUGAGUGACUCAUGGUGAGGUGAGCCUAUCUGAGCGUUGGUCUGAAGUAGACAGGGAAUGAGGGGUCAUUUCAGAUGACCCCCUACACCAAUAUUGUGUUGAGGAACAGAGCAGGUGGCUUCCCCUUCGCUAAAGCAGUACACUACAUAGGGAAUAGGGUGCCCUUUUGGACACACUGGGAUCUCUCCCAUGAUAGACAGGUCUGUCAAUAGUCAUUCAUCAUAACAGGCGGCCUUACAGCAACCCUGCGUGUAAUUUAUAAUGGACAAGGAGUUUUCAUUGAGGCUGUUUAAAUCACAGAGAACACAUUUUAAUAUCUAUUUGAACAUUGCUUCAGCUUACCAUUUAUUUUUUUAAGUUGGGCAAGCCGGGUGAAACCCCAGGGAUGAAAAAUACAACACACACCAAGGUAUGAUACCUGAACAUUUCACUCAGAAAUCUAGCCAUUAACAGGUGAUCUAGUGUACGAAAUAUAGAUCAUACUCCCUUCUAGCUCACAGACACCAACCCAAUGCUUUAUACAUGGCCAGAGCAGUGCACACCUGGGGAGAAUUGAGACAUAAAACUUACAUUGUGCCUCGUUAAACCACUUCAUGUGGGUUAAGCACUGACUGGACUGGAAGAUUCAUUUUCAUCAAUGCUUAUUUAAAAUCAGCGAUGUUCCACGUCCCGAUAACGACCUCCAGACAUUCCAAUGAGCGUUCUAGAACAUGACUGAGUCAAAGAGAGGGAACACACCACAGCGACUGUCUACCGUGAGCAGUAGAUAAACUGCUGUGUGUAAGGUGAACGGUGGUGAUUCAACACGUAGUCUUUAGGAAAUAAAAAGAAAAUGGAGAGCGGAUGUUCUACGGUCAGAUAGGACAGCCGCCCGCUGAACACUGCCAAUGUUUCCUCUCCAAGGAGCACACUGUACACAACUGAGAAGGAGACAGU